AUGCAGUUAGCUGACAAAACUGUAGGAAGGCUUUGGUACUACUGGUAUUCUACUCACCCGCCCACUAAUCAUCAACUGAUGAAAGAAACUAAGUCGGUGCGCAAACUACUUCGCAAUUGGAAACGGAUCCAUGAAGAAGAUGGUGUCCUGUAUUGUGUUGUAUAUGAUGCAGGAAAUAAAAUUAAGCAACUGAUCCUUCCAAGUAUGUUGAAAGAGAAAGUCUUGAAUGCUGUACAUGACCAAGUGGGUCAUCAAGGUGCCGAGAAAACUACUGCGCUAGUUAGAAGUCGAUGUUAUUGGCCAAGUAUGCUAACUGAAGUCGCUGCCUGUUGUAAAUCAUGUCAGAGAUGUACAAUAGCCAAAGCAGGGAAGCGAUUACAUCCAACAAUGGGUUCCCUAGUUGCUUCCAGACCACUUGAGAUACUAGCCAUGGAUUUUACAUUUCUGGAACCCAGCUCAAACGGUACUGAAAAUGUUCUUGUUAUGACGGAUAUGUUCACUAAAUUUACUCAGGCUAUUCCCACAAAAGACCAAAAAGCUAUUACAGUUGCCCGUGUACUUGUCCGUGAUUGGUUCACACGAUUUGGUGUACCUCAGCGCAUUCACUCUGAUCAAGGACGCAACUUUGAGAGCAAAAUGAUUCAAGAACUCUGCAAAAUUCACGGUGAUGACAUAUACCACUCACCUAGAGCACACAAAAGAUGGCAAAUGGGGUUAAAUGUCAUCACAGAGAAACCCACACGUUGUGAAAUACGCCAUCACAAAUGCAUCGAAUUCGAUAUUCGGGAUAAUACAGUUUACUCCACUCCAAGGACUCGCCAAACUCCAACUCCGUCAGUGUUUCGCGCGAAAGACUAUGGAGGCAGUAUCGACUAA